CCGAAUCUGACGUGCGUACGGCACGUUCAACAACACGGGCAUUUUUCCAGGCAUUGUUGUUGUUUUGUCAUUCUAUGCGCGCAUGCAAGUGAAAAGAAGCGUUCAGUGUGUAUGUGUGUGUGCGUGUUAGCCAAUGCAACUGGGCUCCAAUGUAUGGUUGGGCUCAAUGCUGCCUGCAGUUCAAAAGGGCAGUCAACAACAAUAGUAGAAAGCCAACAGCCGCUGCCUCAGCAUUGAAGCCAACUCAUUUAUACGCGAGUGUUUUUCGUGUAUGAGUGUUCUUACCAAUAUACUAUACAUGUACAUACAUAUGUAUAAAAAAAAUGGCUAGUUGAAAAAAGUGGUUUAAAUAUAUUCAAAUUAAAGCUCAAAAGUGUCGCACGCAUGAAAGUGUAUGUUGUUGUUAAAGCAAAAGCAGCGACAGUGUGUUUAGUUUUUUUUUUGUUCAUGGCUAGAUGAAAAUUAAAACCUGUUCUAGGCCACAUACUAAUGGAAAGCGAGAAAAGCGAACGAAAAGCAAUAAAGAAAAUAACAUCAACGAAUCCAAAUACGAAUUCUGGGUCCUCUGACUGACUAGAAAAAAGGCCCUUUGCUUUCCGAUAUAACCAUUCCGAACAAGGUAACUACGACUAUGGCCGUUUAUGCGUCAGCGACAUCAUACGUCACACGGCAACAACAGCAACAAAAACAGCAAAAAACAACAAAUCGCUUGCUAAGUCGUGCGCGCACGAAAAGCGCAGCUCAAAUGACGGCAACAUCAACGUCGGCCUCAGCGUCUGCGUCGCCGUCGCCGUCAGCGUUUACGUUUACGUCGAAGCCAAUGCUCAAGCGCGCCAUUUCAGCGCCCCAAUGGAUAUUUCUCUUCAUAUUAAUUUAUUUAGCAACAGAUGUCGCCUCGGUGGAAGUGCACACAAAGGAGGCAUACUUCAAUGGUUCCGCUUACCUGCGCCUGCUGACUCCUAUGCCCAUUUGGGAUCAUUCGGCAAUUAGUUUUCGAUCUUGCCGCGGCGGCGAAAUACUCGCUCAGCAAUACAAUAAAAACUCAAUUGUAAUCUCAGUGCUCAAUGAUUUUCUACAAGUAUCUUUGGCCGGACCCGCUGUCAUUGGGCCAAACAAUCGACUGGAUGUGAAGAUGUCGUAUCAGCUGUUGGACAAUCGCUGGCACACGCUGCAAUUCAAAUACGAAUAUGGAAAUUUGUAUUUGCAUGUGGAUCGUGCGUCCACCAUAUUUGCCAAUUCUACAUACAACAGUCAGUUUCUUACCAAUCAGGAUAUUGGUAACGAAGCUGCCAUCCUAAUAUUGGGCAAUUCCUUCUCUGGUUGUUUGCUCGAUGGACCCGGCCUGCAAUUUAUCAAUGGCUCCAUGACAGUGCAAAAUGCCGUCUUUGGCCCUUGUCCGCUAACGCAAGGACCUUGUAGUGAUCACGACCUCCUCACCCGCCCACAGGACAAUUUUUGCCUGAACGAUCCGUGCAUGGGUCAUGGCACCUGCACAUCUAGUUCCGAGGGCUACGAGUGUCAUUGUACGGCGCGCUAUUCUGGGAAGAACUGUCAGAAGGAUAAUGGCUCGCCCUGCGCUAAGAAUCCCUGUGCCAAUGGUGGCAGCUGUCUCGAAAACUCUCGUGGAGAUUAUCAGUGCUUCUGCGAUGCCAAUCACAGUGGGCAGCAUUGCGAGACAGAGGUCAACAUACAUCCCUUGUGUCAGAAUAAUCCAUGUUUGAAUAAUGGUGCCUGUGUUGUGCUCGCUGGCAUCUCCACCAUAGCCUGUGAGUGUCCCAAAGGCUAUGCGGGAGCUCGCUGUGAAAUCGACAUGGAUGAGUGCGCAUCUCAGCCCUGCCAGAACAAUGGAAGCUGCAUAGAUCGGAUCAAUGGAUUCACUUGUGACUGCACAGGCACGGGAUAUACAGGCGCCUUCUGUCAGACAAACAUCGAUGAGUGCGAGAAGAGUCCGUGCUUGAAUGGAGCCCGCUGCUUUGAUACCUAUGGAUGGUACACUUGUCAGUGCCUGGAUGGAUGGGGUGGAGAGAUCUGCGAAAAGCCGAUCAGCUGCCAGACCCAACAAUGCUUGAACGGUGGCACCUGUGUGGACAAACCAAUUGGCUUUCAAUGCAUAUGCCCUCCAGAAUACAAUGGCGAACUGUGCCAACUGGGUCCCCGCUGUGCACAGCAGUGUCCCAUUGAUUCGGAGUGCAUUGGCGGCACUUGUGUGUGUAAGCCAGGCACCACGGGCCCCAUUGGCCAUUGUGUUCCAAUAUCAACCACACCGACACCAGAACUAUUAUCAACAACAACCACAACAACAAGAACAGCAACCGCUCCACUGCUUAUCACUAAUAGUUCAAUAAGUUCAGCCACUACUAUUACUCCAACAACAAAAACCACAAAAACUCCAAUAACAUCUACAACAAGAACAACAACAACAACAACAGUUAGUAAUAAGCAACAGCCAGUACCACAACAACUACAACAACAACCACCUCCACCCAGUCAACGCUCAGCCCCACUGAAUGCAUGUCCCCAAGAAAAUUGCUUGAAUGGUGGCACCUGUAUAGGAUAUAGUAGCAAUUAUACCUGUAUAUGUGCUAGUGGAUACACAGGUUACAACUGCCAGCAAAGCGUAGGAGACGCCAGCGGAGCCUCUGCCUUGGCUCUCACGCCCAUCAAUUGUAAUGCCACCAAUGGAAAGUGUCUGAAUGGCGGAACCUGCUCCAUGAAUGGAACCCAUUGCUACUGUGCCGUCGGCUACUCUGGUGAUCGUUGUGAAAAGGCCGAGAGCUGCAGUCCCCUCAACUGUCAGGAGCCCAUGAUAUGCGCCCAAAAUCAAUGCAUAUGCCCGCCCGAUAAGGUCUGCAAUCAAUGUGCCACCCAACCCUGUCAAAACGGCGGCGAAUGUGCAGAUCUGCCCAAUGGGGAUUUCGAGUGCACGUGUGCACGUGGCUGGACGGGACGUAAUUGCGCCAACGAUGUGGACGAAUGUGUACUUCAGCCAAAGAUAUGCGGCAAUGGCAUUUGUAAAAAUGAGAAGGGAUCCUACAAAUGCUAUUGUACGCCCGGGUUCACGGGCAUCCAUUGCGACUCCGAUGUAGAUGAGUGCUUGAGUCAUCCGUGUCUGCAUGGCGCCACUUGUAACAAUAAGAUCAAUGCAUACGAGUGUGUCUGCCAGCCCGGCUACGAGGGCUACAAUUGCGAAAUCGACAUUGACGAAUGCAUAAGCAAUCCUUGCUCGAAUGGCUCCACCUGCAUAGACAUGAUCAACAACUUCACCUGCAACUGCAUUCCUGGAAUGACGGGUCGUAGUUGUGACAUUGACAUAGAUGACUGCGUUUCGGCACCAUGCCUCAACAACGGUCUGUGCAUAGACGAGUUGGGAGGAUUCCACUGCGAUUGCAGUGGUACCGGCUAUGAGGGCCAGAACUGCGAACUGAACAUCGAUGAGUGCGCAUCCAAUCCUUGCACCAAUGGUGCAGUGUGCCAAGACCUUGUCAAGGACUACAAUUGCCAAUGCCACGCCGGCUACAAGGGGAAGAAUUGUGAACUGGACAUUAAUGAGUGCGAAAGCAAUCCCUGUCAAUAUAAUAGCAACUGUCUGGAGCGAUCCAAUACGACGCUGUAUCAACUAAGUAGAGUCAUGGACUUACCCAAGAUUUUUAGCCAGCCAUUUAGUUUUGAGAACGCCAGCGGCUAUGAGUGCGUUUGUGUUCCUGGUAUUAUUGGCAAAAAUUGCGAGAUCAACAUUAAUGAGUGUGAGAGUAAUCCGUGCAGCAAGCAUGGAACCUGUAAUGAUGGGAUUGGCGCCUAUACCUGCGAAUGCGAUCCGGGCUUUGAAGGAACGCACUGCGAGAUGAAUAUCGAUGAAUGCGAUCGCUAUAAUCCUUGUCAAAAUGGCACAUGUAUCGAUCAAAUCAAUGACUACGAUUGCGAUUGCGAUGCCAACUUUGGUGGAAAGAACUGCUCCGUUCCGUUGAUUGGAUGCACCAGUGUGCCUUGUCUGAAUGGCGGCACCUGUCGUCCCUAUCUCGUUGAUGAAACGAUACAUUUGUUCAACUGCUCAUGUGAGCAUGGGUUCCAAGGAGAAACUUGCGAGAAGACCACCACACUCUCCAUGGUGGUUAGCAGUCUAAUAACGGUGAAGACGCAACGCGACGAAGGCUACGACAUCAAUUUGCAAUUUAAGACCACAUUGCCUAACGGCGUCUUGGCCUUUGGUACCUCGGGUGGACAAAAUGAGCCCGUCAGUUACAUACUUGAGUUGAUUAAUGGUCGCCUCAACUUGCACUCUUCCCUGCUCAAUAAAUGGGAGGGUGUUUUCAUCGGAUCUAAGCUGAACGAUAGUAACUGGCACAAGGUCUUUGUGGCCAUUAAUACAUCCCAUUUGGUUCUGUCAGCAAACGAUGAGCAGGCCAUAUUUCCAGUCGGCUCUUACGAGACGGCAAAUAACAGUCAGCCAUCGUUCCCAUUGACUUAUCUGGGAGGAACCAUACCUAAUUUGAAAUCAUAUUUGCGCCACUUGACGCAUCAGCCCUCCAGCUUUGUCGGCUGCAUGCAGGAUGUUGUGGUGAAUGGUAGAUGGAUCUUUCCGGAUGAGCAAAAUGAAAACGAUACCAACGCGGAUACAAAGCUCUCCUAUGUGCAGAGCGGCUGUCCGCGCACAGAGCAAUGUAAACCCAAUCCGUGUCACUCUAAUGGCGAGUGUACAGAUCUGUGGCACACCUUUGCCUGCCAUUGCCCAAGACCCUUCUUUGGGCAUACCUGUCAGCACAAUAUGACAGCUGCCACCUUUGGCCAUGAAAACACCACGCACUCUGCCGUCAUAGUAGAAACUACUGAUGUGGCUAGACGCGCCAUACGCUCCAUUUUAGACAUUUCGAUGUUUAUACGCACUCGUGAACCCACAGGUCAGGUCUUCUACUUAGGCAGCGAUCCUCGCAAAAUGCCUACGAAAAACAUUGGUGACUCCUAUGUGGCUGCCAAACUGCAUGGCGGGGAACUGUUGGUGAGGAUGCAAUUCAAUGGCACCCCAGAGGCUUACACCGUAGGAGGACAGAAAUUGGACAAUGGCUACAAUCAUCUCAUCGAGGUGGUACGCAAUCAAACUUUGGUGCAGGUCAAGCUCAAUGGAACCGAGUAUUUCCGCAAGACCCUGUCAACGACCGGACUACUGGAUGCUCAGGUUCUCUAUUUAGGAGGUCCAGCACCCACGCGGGAAUCUCUGUUGCCGGCAAGUACGGAACCCGGCUUAAUAACUUUAGAUGAAAGCUUGGGCAGCGGUGUAACAGCGAAGGAGGAUGACAGCAAAGACUAUUUCAAGGGUAUUAUACAGGAUGUCAAAGUAAGCAACGGCUCGCUUAACAUGAUCGUGGAAAUGUAUCCGCUGAAUGUGACGGACGUGAAUGUUAAUGCUAAGCCCUUCGGAGCAGUAAGCAUUGAUCGCACUUCGGUGCUUCCCGGUGAGGUUUCCGAUGACCUGUGUCGCAAGAACCCCUGCAGGCACAAUGCUGAGUGCCGCAACACCUGGAAUGACUAUACCUGCAAGUGUCCCAAUGGCUAUAAGGGCAAAGAUUGUCAGGAGAUCGAAUUCUGUCAGUUGAUUUUGUGUCCAGGUGCAAGCGUGUGUCAAAACUUGGACGAUGGCUACGAAUGCCUAACUAAUAUAACAUUUACUGGCCAAGAACGUGCACCGUUAGCUUUCUCGUACUUCAAGGAGCAGGUGGCCGAAGAAAUUGGCGUGCCUAAUGGAAACAAGCAGUUGCUUAAACCGGUCAUUGAGAUUGCCUAUCGUACGCGGGCUGGUGGUACUCUCCUCUUCAUUGAUAACAACGAUAGCUUUUUCGAAAUUGGUGUCAACGGGGGACGUGUUACCGUCACCUGGAAGCUAACGCAGCUUCAUAUUGGCGAAUCCUCACGUUUUGAAAAGGAAAACACCGAUGGUGAAUGGAGUCGUAUCUAUUUGCGGGCACAUAAUGGUAAAUUAGAGGGUGGCUGGAAAGGCUGGGAAUCCAUGGUGGAUCCCACUCCCGGAUUCUCCGUAGACAUUGAUCAGGCCGCUUUCCAGGAACUGCUCUCAAGCAGCACUCAAGUCUAUUUGGGUGGUAUGCCGGAGUCUCGUCAGGCGCGCGGAACCACAGUCUCUGCACAACAAGGCUCCCAAUUCAAGGGCUGCCUGGGUGAGGCACGUGUUGGAGAUCUUUUACUUCCGUACUUCUCCAAUGCAGAGCUCUAUCCCCACACGGAGAAUGUUUCAGUGCAAUUACAAGCUCAGUUCCGUUUAAAUUCUACGAGACCAGCGGAGGGAUGCACCUUGUGCUUCAACACGGAUUGUAAGAAUGGUGGCUCUUGUAAUGCACCCUCCGAAGAAUAUGCAUGCACCUGCCUGCCAGGUUACGAAGGUGAUGAUUGUGGCACGGACAUCGAUGAGUGUCUGAAUGCGCACUGCGAAAACAAUGGCACAUGCCUCAAUCAGGUGGCUGACUUCUAUUGCCAGUGUCAGCCCGGCUUCGAGGGCCGGUACUGCGAACAAAAUAUCGACGAAUGCUCUACCCAGCCUUGCCACAAUGGUGGCAAGUGCACCGAUCUCAUUGCCGCCUUUAAAUGUGAGUGCACGGAUGACUACACCGGCCCUCAGUGUGAUGUCCUCAAGCAAAUGACGUGCGAGAAUCAACCGUGCCGCAAUGGUUCGAGCUGCGAGAAUGGAUUCAAUGCUCAAACGGGUAAUAACUUUACCUGCACAUGCUCUACGGGCUUUGAGGGGCCACUUUGUGAUAUUCCCUUCUGUGAGCAGACGCCUUGCGAGAACGGUGGUCUGUGCUUAACCACAGAUAUGUUGCCCACUUGCAAGUGCAGCUUGGGGUACACCGGUCGUCUGUGCGAGCAGGAAAUCGAUGAAUGUGCCUCAAACCCAUGCAUGAACGGUGGUUCAUGCAAGGAUCUAGUUGGUGGCUACGAAUGCAAUUGUUCGCUCACCGGAUUCGAGGGUCCCCACUGUGAAACCGACAUUAAUGAGUGUAAUCUCAGUGUAGAAUAUUGCGGCGGCCUCGGUCGCUGCAUAAAUUUGCCGGGCACAUUCAAGUGUGUUUGUCAGAAGCCCUUCUGCGGUGCCUAUUGUAAUUUCACCGAUCCUUGUAACGCCGUGGAUGUAUGCGCUAAUGGUGGACAGUGUAAGGAGAACUGCGGCGAAGAGGUAGACUACUAUUGUAAUUGUACGGAAGGUUUUACCGGAAAGAACUGCACCGCUACGAUCACUGCCAAGGACGACGGCCCCUCGACCACAGAUAUUGCCAUCAUUGUAAUACCCGUCGUAGUAGUCCUCUUGCUUAUUGCUGGGGCUCUCCUGGGCACAUUUUUGGUGAUGGCGAGAAAUAAGAGGGCCACUCGCGGAACUUACAGUCCUAGCGCUCAGGAGUAUUGCAAUCCACGACUUGAAAUGGACAAUGUGCUGAAGCCUCCACCAGAGGAACGGCUUAUUUAGUUAACGCAAAAGAUUGAUUAGCAAAGCAAACGAAAGAUAUUUUCAAUCCGCCCAUAUUAAUAUACAAAGAGACAGACUUUUUUCGCUACUUUCUCUUUUGUGUACUAAGCCAACCUCUUUUACUUUCGUUACCCAUUAAGGUGCUUCCACAGCCACAGACCACCUAAUUAACACGAAUGUAAACCACAUACAAUUAGUUAAACUAACGACACUUGAAUGCCUACGCUUUAGUUAGCUUAUAAUAUAUAUAAUACCAUUGUCUAUUUAUUGUAGUGUUAUAUAUAUAUAUAUAUAUAAAUAUGGCAAUCACUAUAUAGUCGUUAUAUAGUUUCAGAGGCAGGGCGCGAUCUAGAUAUUCACUCAGUAUUUAUGCGCCCCGUUCUCUCAAUUCCUUGAUCAUAUCUACUAUAAGCUACGAACAAAGUAGAGAUGCACCAUACACACCCACAUUCCAAGGCAACGCAAUAAUAGUCCGUAGAUGGACCGCAUCCGAGUAUUUUGUAUAUAAAUUUGUAUGCCUUUUUAAAAAUAAUUAGCUGAGCUAAACAAAAUCCUAUAAAUAUAUGCGAAUAUACAUACAAACAUAUAUCAGUUAAUGUGGCCUUAUGAAAUCGUAUUUGUAUUUUUUGUGUACGAAUGUAAUUCUUAAGUAAACGAAAUAUUUUGCUCUAGCAUAUUUAAGUGUAACAUUAAGAGACUGUACUAUACAUAAUAAUAAAUAUGAAAU